AUGGCGUUGAUGGCCACCGCGAACGGCGUCGGGCAAUUGAAUGAUUGCCGCGCGAACUUGUUCAACGUCGUCAUCGUCGUCGUUGUGCGCAGCGUCGACCUCAACUCAUUUCGAUUUUACUUUGCUCUUUCGACGUCGUAUAUCCACCCUGAUGAACACUUUCAAGGUCCAGAGGUCGUAGCAGGCGAGCUGUUCAACUGGCACUCGCAACGUACUUGGGAGUUUACCUCGAACACACCGAUUAGGAGCUUCUUUCCUCUAUGGCUCACAUACGGUCUACCCUUGAAGGCGGCGCAAUGGCUAUCGCCUGAGCCACUGACGCCCAGUGCUGCCUUUACCUUUCUGCGCCUGUCGUUUCUCGCGUUUUCGCUCUUGUUUGCAGAGGAUUGGGCAUUCUACAAACUAAUCCCUGAUUCUCGUCGGAAAGGCUGGGGAUUAGCCCUGUUGGCGAGCAGCUAUGUCACCUGGACGUUCCAAACGCACACGUUCUCCAACUCAAUCGAAACGAUUCUCGUGUUAACGGCGCUGGUUCUCAUGCAACACAUCAGAAGACGUAAAAGCGCACCGAUAUCCUCGGCCUUGCUUGGAUUCGUUUGUGUCUUUGGCACUUUCAAUCGAAUCACAUUCCCUGCGUUCAUUGUCCUACCAGGACUUGGCAUGCUUCAUAAACUUUUGACGAGCCCUUCCACGUUCAUUCCACUCACUCUAGCGGCGGCGAUCACAGCGGCGUACGCUAUACAGCUCGACACGGAAUUCUACCAAGGAACGCAGCCGGUGAUCACUCCACUCAACAACCUUAUCUACAAUACACAAACUUCAAACUUGGCCCAGCAUGGUCUACAUCCACGGAUCACGCAUCUACUCGUCAAUCUCCCUCAGCUACUGGGGCCUGCACUCAUACUAUUCGUAAUGUCUGCCUCUGGCCGAUACUUGACUUCCCUGCCUAUCCUUUCGGCCGUGUCAGGAGUCGCCGUACUCUCGAUAUUACCCCACCAAGAAGCUCGCUUCCUGAUCCCUUGCGUCCCAUUGAUACUUAGCCAAGUAUCUUUGCCGCGGUGGAAAGGCACAUGGCUUGCUUCCUGGGUUCUUUUCAACCUAGCUUUGGGCAUGCUCAUGGGCGUGUAUCACCAAGGUGGGAUCGUCCCUGCCCAAGUUUUCCUCGGCACCCGUACGAACGCAACCGACAUUCUGUAUUGGAAGACCUACAUGCCGCCCACCUGGCUCUUGGGACCACGGACGAAAGCAGUGGAUAUCGUUGAUGUUCCAUCGUCAUUGAACGAGCUGGUGCCGGCCAUCGAGAGGAAAGCCGCUAGAUGCGGCCGAGAAGUGUACCUGGUCGCCCCACUAUCAGCAACACAGCUGGAUCCGUUAGUGGAUGAUCCUGGGAGGGGAUGGAGCUUGGACCGUGUGUGGGUCACCAGAAGGCAUCUCAAUCUCGACGAUUUGGAUAUCGGGGAAGAAGGGGCGAUGGGUACGGUGGAGAGGGUGCUGGGAAGGAGAGGAUUGGGAAUUUGGAAGGUCAAUUGGAGUUGUUGUUGA